GUGAAUCAGAACUAAUCAGAUAAGAAACUUUAAUAAACUAAGUUGAUUUAACUAAGUCCUAUUUUAAGACUAAAUAAUAAUCAAAAUAAAUGUAAGGGUAUAAAUACUUCGAAUCCUUAAAUACAGCUACCAAACUAAGUGUCCACUCGAAACCAAAAUUAACCAAAUUAUUACACAUUACAUACCCUCCUGUAACGUUAGCCUUAGCCGGUACCAAUAAUCAUGUUUAUGUGACAAUAUAAAAAGGUCUUCAAUACCUCAUAACAUAAUAACUCACCCACUAACCACUAACCACACACCCAAUCCAUAUCCUAGAACCAACAUCAAUUAGCGCUUACGUUCCGUCACGAACAAUCGAAGCAGGAUAUGUGGUCAGGUUAGAUGGGUUUCCUUAUGGGGUAGAGGGUCUGUUGGCACCACGCACAGUGUGGGCUUGUGGACGAUUACCUACCAAAUUGAUUAUCACCAAGGUUACCCACAUGUGUCCACACAUAGUCCGUGUUGAAAGUGAAACUGACAGUGGAGUUGUGGGCGGUUUGCAUUUGAAACCGUAAUUCCAGCUCAGUCGCAAUUUAUUGUUCGUGGAGUGCAGUAACGUGACCUUCUUAAAUCCGGAAAAGUUUCCCAUAUGUGCUAUCCAUAAUGCGCAGUCCCUGCCAAAAGACAUGCAACUAUUUCUGGUUGAUUGGAAUUAUUUGGAUACUGAGUGGAUUGAAUUUAGAGAUCGCCGCUCAAACUACUCAGAAUAUAAAUGUUUUGUUUAUCAACGAAGUGGAUAAUGAGCCGGCGGCCAAGGCGGUAGAUGUGGCGCUCACCUACUUGAAGAAAAAUAUACGAUAUGGACUUUCAGUACAGUUGGACUCUAUAGAAGCCAAUAAAACGGAUGCCAAGGUUCUCCUGGAAACUAUUUGCAAUAAGUAUGCCGCUAGUAUUGAAAUGAAACAGACCCCGCACUUGAUCCUGGACACUACAAAAACCGGAGUGGCCUCGGAGACGGUAAAGAGCUUCACCCAGGCUCUAGGAUUGCCCACCAUUAGUGCCUCUUACGGACAGGAAGGUGACUUGAGGCAGUGGCGAGAUUUGGACGAAUCCAAACAAAAGUACCUGCUCCAGGUGAUGCCGCCUGGAGACAUUAUCCCUGAAGUUAUUCGUAGCAUUGUGAGGCGUCUAAACAUCACAAACGCUGCUAUUCUGUAUGACGAAACCUUCGUGAUGGAUCACAAGUACAAGUCCCUGCUUCAAAACAUCCAAACCCGUCACGUUAUCACUGCCAUCGCCAAGGAGGGAAAGCGAGAGCGUGAGGAGCAAAUCGAGAAGCUGCGCAACUUGGACAUCAAUAACUUCUUCAUCCUGGGCAACCUACAGUCCAUCCGCUCUGUCCUUGAAUCCGUGAAGCCGGCUUACUUUGAGCGCAACUUUGCAUGGCACGCGAUCACCCAGAACGAGGGCGAGGUGAGCAGCCAGAGGGACAAUGCCACCAUAAUGUUCCUGAAGCCCAUGGCGUAUACGCAAUAUCGAGACCGACUGGGACUCUUGCGGACCACCUAUAAUCUUAACGAGGAGCCACAGCUAUCUUCUGCGUUCUACUUCGAUCUGGCUCUAAGAAGUUUUCUUACCAUUAAAGAAAUGUUACAAUCUGGCGCCUGGCCUAAGGAUAUGGAGUACUUGAACUGUGACGAUUUCCAAGGCGGCAAUACACCCCAAAGAAACCUGGAUCUCCGGGAAUAUUUUACAAAGGCUACCGAGCCGACAUCCUACGGAACCUUUGACCUAGUCACGCAACCGAAGCAGCCAUUCAAUGGCUAUAGCUACAUGAAAUUUGAAAUGGAUAUCAAUGUGCUCCAGAUUCGAGGCGGCAGUUCCGUGAACAGCAAAUCGAUUGGCACCUGGACAGCUGGUCUGGAUUCGCCCCUGGUUGUCAAGGAUGAGGAGCAGAUGAAGAAUCUCACAGCGGAUACGGUCUAUCGGAUUUUUACUGUUGUGCAAGCCCCUUUUAUAAUGCGCGACGAAACGGCACCUAAAGGAUACAAAGGAUACUGCAUAGAUCUCAUCAAUGAAAUUGCUGCCAUUGUUCACUUCGAUUACACCAUUCAGGAAGUGGAGGACAAAAAGUUUGGCAACAUGGACGAAAAGGGCGAAUGGAACGGCAUUGUCAAGAAAUUGAUUGACAAACAGGCGGACAUUGGGCUGGGCAGCAUGUCCGUAAUGGCGGAACGGGAGAUUGUCAUUGAUUUCACAGUCCCGUACUAUGAUCUGGUGGGGAUUACCAUCAUGAUGCAGCGCCCCAGUUCGCCCAGUUCGCUGUUUAAGUUCCUCACUGUCCUGGAGACGAAUGUGUGGCUCUGCAUUCUGGCUGCCUACUUCUUCACCAGCUUUCUGAUGUGGGUCUUUGAUCGCUGGAGUCCCUAUAGCUACCAAAACAAUCGUGAAAAGUACAAGGACGAUGAGGAGAAAAGGGAAUUCAACCUCAAAGAGUGUCUUUGGUUCUGCAUGACCUCAUUGACCCCUCAAGGAGGCGGCGAGGCACCAAAAAAUCUCUCAGGACGUUUGGUGGCCGCUACUUGGUGGCUGUUUGGAUUCAUCAUCAUUGCUUCGUACACUGCCAAUUUGGCUGCCUUCUUGACCGUUUCUCGUUUGGACACGCCCGUGGAGAGCUUAGAUGACUUGGCCAAGCAAUACAAGAUCCUAUAUGCUCCUCUCAACGGAUCAUCGGCGAUGACCUAUUUCGAGAGGAUGGCCAAUAUCGAGCAGAUGUUCUACGAGAUCUGGAAAGAUUUAUCCCUAAACGAUUCACUCACUCCACUGGAGCGCUCCAAGCUGGCCGUGUGGGAUUAUCCGGUUAGUGACAAGUACACAAAGAUGUGGCAAGCCAUGCAGGAGGCAGCUUUGCCGGCGACUCUCGAAGAGGCAGUGGCUCGGGUUAGGAACUCGACAGCUGCCACCGGAUUUGCCUUUUUGGGAGAUGCCACGGACAUACGGUACCUUCAGCUGACAAACUGCGAUCUCCAAGUGGUAGGCGAGGAGUUCUCCAGGAAACCGUAUGCCAUUGCUGUUCAGCAGGGCUCGCAUCUGAAGGAUCAGUUUAAUAAUGCUAUCCUCACAUUGCUCAACAAACGACAACUGGAGAAGCUUAAGGAGAAGUGGUGGAAGAACGACGAGGCCCAGGCCAAGUGUGAGAAGCCCGAGGAUCAAUCAGAUGGCAUAUCUAUUCAGAAUAUUGGUGGCGUGUUCAUUGUUAUCUUCGUGGGAAUCGGAAUGGCUUGCAUCACACUGGUCUUUGAGUACUGGUGGUACAGAUACCGCAAGAAUCCUAGAAUCAUUGACGUCGCCGAAGCCAAUGGGGAUCGUGGAAAUAUCAAGGAUCAGCCUGGCAAACUCAUCGAUGGCGUCAUCCUGGGAAACUCUGGCGAGAAGUUUGAAAAAUCGAACGCUGCACUGCGUCCACGAUUCAAUCAGUAUCCGGCCACUUUUAAGCCGCGCUUUUAGAGGAACUCUGUUCGCACCAAUCAGUUAAUUGUAUUAGAUUGUGCACUGGGAUGCCUACGUCUAGUAAUUAAGGAAUUAAAUAACAUUUUCAGAAACUUUGUGCACUUUUAUUAAAGUCGUAAUAAAUGUUUUAGCAAAGAUAUUGACAUUGAAUUAAAGGGUCUGGAUUUUUCGUUAUUAUUUUGAAAAUGUUUAUCACAGUAGUCCUUUCUUUGGCUGCCCUUUAGAAAAUUAAUUUUAAUCAAAUUAAAACAACUUAUUGUUUAAUACAAAAUUGAUUGUUUUAUUAAACAAAAAAAUCAAUAAUUUGUAAAAGUUUAUUAUUAAUUAUAACUCUGAAUCAAAAGACUCAGAAUCUACAUUACAUUAAACAAAUAUUUAGGCCUUUAAAUUAAAUCUAUUCUGAUUGAAGAAUUUAAAAGCUAAUUUAAACAACCGCGAACUUUUCAAAGCUCUUUUUAAACACUGGCGCUAUAGCCACUAACUUUUACAUACGAACUGGCCACACUAAUCAAGUGACUGAUAAAAAGCACUGCCCGUUCUGUUCCGCAGAAUUAAGCGUUCUCAUCCACCAGCACAAUUAGUCUGUAGAAAUGGGAGACAGCUCGGACGAGGAGUACCUGGGAGCAGACUGGCUGCCCUACAGCGAACGCCCC